AAACAGCGGGGGGCGAUAGCGGACGGUGCCGUGGACCCGAGGCGCGGAGGGCAGCUGCGUAAAGCGACCGGCCUCACGAUGGACAGUCUUCAGUCUCGUCCCCAGGAAGCGCUCGUCUGUACUCUGUGUUUGUAAACGUGCACAGGGUAGGAUGGCGGGAGCGGCGGCGGCUCGCGCACUCGCGAAGGCCCGCUGACUACCGGCACGCGCUGGCAGUAGCUUCACAAGCAAGCAAGAAAGGAAGGAAGCAAGGAAGCAAGCAAGGAAGGAAGGAAGGAAGGAAAGGGGAAGCGGACCGCAAGGAAACCAUUGUUGUUCGCCACAAAGCUGCACAGCCUGCACUAAGCGCAGUGCUUGAAGGAACAAACGACAAAGCAGGUCGAAGUGCGAAGGGGGACCGCAGCAGGAAGUCUGAGUUACAGCGCAGCGCGUGUUUUUAUUUCGUUGAGCGCGCGGGGUAGGAGCGCGAAUGCGGUGAGCGAGGAGGUGAGCUCGCGGGCGCAGUCCGUCAUACUCGCCGCCGCUCGUUGCUUCGUUAGUUCGUAUAAUAUAGCCGCCGCCGAGCCAAGGGCCCUUCCUUCGUCAGCCGCUGCGCUUGUCUGUCCUGCGCGGUCUCUCUCUCGCGCCUCAUGGCAGCAGAGGCCGCCGACAGCGCCGUGGGCCCCACGCACAGCCCCUCGGAGCCGGACACACCCAGGAUGUCCGCGGUGCUGGAGAACAGGCCCGCGGGCCUCGCAGGAGCCGCUGUUCCUCCGCCCGGCAGUCUUAACCGACAGGAAUCUGUAGCCACCACCGAGGCACGGCUGAGGAUGGAGGGAGUGGAGCUAAAAGAGGAGUGGCAGGAUGAAGACUUUCCCAGACCAUUGCCGGAAGAGGAAGAGGACAUACAUCUGGAUGAAGAACUUUUUUCUAGUGCCCAAGGAAAUGGGCAUCCUGCCCCUCAGUCAUACGGACUGAGCAGUAAUAAAAAGUCCAAGAAGAAGUUGGCAGCCCCAGAUAUAAGCCUGACCUUGGAUCGAAGUGAAGACUCAAUUUUAUCUGAUGAGCUGGACGAGAGCACGGAACUGGACCUGGAUGCCAUAGACACUCCUUCUGACAACAGCAAUGAGUUUGAAUGGGAAGAUGAUCUUCCGAAACCCAAGACAACAGACUUGCUGCAGAAGGGUGUGGAGGCAGUCCAUGAGUACUCUGCCUCAGAGGAAAGGGAGGAGGGCCGACGCUGGAGGAUUUUCCGUAUUGGGGAACAAGAGCACAAGGUGGACAUGAAAGCCAUAGAACCCUACAAGAGGGUUAUCAGUCAUGGAGGUUAUUAUGGAGAUGGCUUGAAUGCCAUCAUCGUGUUUGCUGUAUGCUUCAUGCCUGAAAGCAGCCAGCCAAACUACAGAUAUAUAAUGGACAAUCUCUUCAAAUAUGUCAUUGGCACCCUUGAGCUCCUGGUGGCAGAAAACUACAUGAUUGUAUAUUUAAAUGGAGCUACCUCACGUCGGAAGAUGCCAAGUGUGGGCUGGCUCAGGAGAUGCUACCAACAGAUUGACAGGAGAUUACGUAAGAACCUGAAGUCUUUGAUAAUUGUCCAUCCGUCAUGGUUCAUUCGCACACUUCUUGCCAUCACUAAACCCUUCAUAAGCUCAAAAUUUAGCCAAAAGGUCAAGUACGUGUUCAGCCUGGCAGAUUUAGCCGAGUUGGUUCCCAUGGAAUAUGUGUCAAUACCAGAGUGCAUCAAACAGUAUGACGAAGAAAAAAAUAGGAAAAGACAAAAGGAUUGAUCAAGAUAUGCAACGCAAAGUGGAGACAGCCACCAUGGUGCAAAUGUGAGGCAGAGAGGCUGCAGUGCGCAGUGAAGGACCAGGAAAACAUUGCCUGUCUGUUCAUCUUUAUAGGACCUCUGUCAGAGGCCAAAAGGCUUCAGCGUUAAGCGCUUUACCCGUGGCUACCCAUUAUAUUGUCAGAACUGCUCACUGCUGUAUUCGUAUAUGCCCUAGAGAAUAUGUGCCAUAACACUGCUUUUAAGCAUUUGUUACCUUUUUGUAUCAAACAUUUUAAUAGUUUCGGAUGUAUUUUGCAUAUUUAAAUCACUG